GCUUAAUCUUUCAAUUAAAGCUGAACGUUUUAAGUACAAAUUUACAAGAAAUUUUCAAAUAAGUCGUUUCAUAACUGGAAAAAUGAAUAAAACGUGGAAAUAUUUUUGUAGAUCUUAUCAUAUCCAUUGAAGAAGGUGUUGUUUACAUACAACCAUAUCAAAGAUAUUCAUAAGUAAUUAGUGCGAAGAAGAAAGAAUAAAGAUAAGACACCAAUUAAUAAUAAAGAGAAGACUUAGAUCAAUGCAAAAUCACCCACAACAGCACCAAAAAAAAAGACAAAACUUAGUGUAUCUUUUUUAGAGGGGAAAGAAAGAAAACAAAACCACACAGACGGAUGAGAAGGAGGAAGGAGGAAGGAGGAAGGAGGAAGGAGGAAGGAGGAAGGAGGAAGGAGGAAUCAUUUGCGACGAAGUUUCUUGACUUUGGACCAUCCCUUCUUGCAAGUUUUGCCGACAACUUUGAUACUUUUCUUGAAGAGAUGCUUCAGCUCAAGCGCCCUCAUCUUCACCUGAUCCUCGAAUGCUCCCAUCUUCUUUCUUCUCUCUAUGUUCCUCGGAAGCACAAGAGAUAUUAUUCAAGUCUGUCUUGUGCCCACAUCUCUUUAUUUAUAAAUAAAAGACAAAGGGAUAUACAGCUGUAAGAGUUUAUUCUGAGAGCGAGAUAUUUUUAUUAAUAGCUAAAUCUGGGAGAGAUUUACACCUAAGCUAAAAGGCAAGCUAAUCCUUGCUGUAUUUAUGCUCUAGAAUUAAUUCCCGUAAAAAAAAUACUUAGGAAGGUUUAACAACAUAAAAGAAAAAGAUAGUAGAAUAUCUAAAUAUAGCUAAUAAGCCACUAAAUUAGUUUCCCUCAUCGAAACAAAGAUGGAUUUGUACACACGUAGCAUAAAAGAUAACCGUUGUAAAAUGGACCAUUUUGCGGUGGAAAAGCUUGGGUGCAAAUCCUCAUCACGCUGGACCCACAAAUAGACCACCCGUUUGCUUGCUGUGUGAUUGCUCUUUCUUCUCUCAAUCUUGUUUCCUUUUCACACUCUACUUCUUCCUUUUUGUUCUGAACCCCGUUUAACAAAUGUUUUAAACUCUGUUUUUCUUUGUACAGUAAUUAGUCUGUUAGAUACAUUUCACCUUUUGUAUAAACCGACCUAUCACAUCCGUUUGGUAAAAGCCCUUUUUCUUCUCAGUUAAGCUAAGCUCCUCUCUUUACCAUUUGUU